AUGCAAGAACCACAUUCGACCAUCGACACCUCCCGCCCUUUUCGCUCGGUGAAGGAGGCCGUCGCCAUCUUCGGCGAGCGUAUCUUGGCGGGAGAAAUAAUCAACCCGAAACCAUUCACUCUCCCACAAAAGGAGACCCCACUCUUCUCCCCAAGCCCAAUGACCGAAAAAAGCCCAAUGUGGGCCCACACGGCUUCCCCCGGCCCAAUGUUGGUCGAGGAGGCCGUGAGGAAGCUUGAGGCGGAGCUCGAGGAAGCAAAGAAGGAGCUGAAGCUGCUCAAGGAGAGAGAGUCGGAGAACGAGGCCGCGUUGGCCGAGGUGCGAAGGAACGUGUCCAAGCUGGCGGAGGCCGAGUCAUCAGCUGACGUGGUGGGCACAUCGAGAAAGUUGGCUCAGAUUUUGAGUAUCGGGGAGGAUGAGAGUUUGUUUGUGGGGAAGAAAAAGGAGAGGAAAGUGAGGAAAAAGAAGCCCAUUGUGCCCCUUGUUGGGGACUUGUUUGGGAGAAAGAAGGGAGCUUCUAGUGAUACUCCUCUGUAUGCAUCUUCUCACCUGCAGUGGAGUAUUUGA